CAACAGACUGCAAGAUCAGCUCCCUACACUGCCACACACAGCAGCUCCUAGUCGGCCUCUGCUCGGGGAAGAUCCUAGUCCUCGAUGCUCUCACCUUCUCCCACCAUCAGCAGCCUCACCUGCCACAGGCCCCGUUCAGGACACCUCUGCACCAUCGCCCCUCACCUCCACGACACACGACACCUCACUACUCAAGCACUCAAGCCGCCUGGACCUCGCCAGAAAGAAGAGCUCUCGAAAACUCAUUCCCAGACAGAUCCAGUCUCGGUUCCAUGUCACUGCCCGCUGGUCCCAGCCCAAUUCUGCUGACCCAAGUCCCAUUCCCAUGUCAAACCCCUACUCCCAGUACUCUGAGAGCUCCAUACUGUCCAACUCCCAGUCCACCAGUAGCAGUGGCGUAGUGACACGGCUAGACUAGGGACCAGCUACUCAGUUUCGGGUCCGGAUUCCGGUUCCUACUACGACGGUCCUGAGUCCGUACCACACCUGGAAUCGGGGGAUGGAAUAAUUUUUUAACCAGCUGAUUCGUCAAAAUUUGGAACU